AUGGCCCAGUGCGAUGCAGAGGCACAGGUGCUCAAGAUGACGCGGGCACGAGCCAAGGCAAUGCUCAUGGAGCUGAUUGGCGAGUACUCCACCAAGAGCUUCCAGAGUAAGCUGGGUGACGUCUUGCAGAAGGAGGCCCAGGAAGGUGGAGUUUGCGACGAAUCGCCAGGCCGUUGGGCAUUGGCAGAGGACUGCCAUGCCGACAUUUUUGCUCGCUACGGCUUCAAGUCCGGAAAUGGUGUGGAGCGCCUCCGGCCCAUCACGAUGAUCUCUCAGAAGUUCCCAGAUCUCGCGGACAAGGUGCAGAAGCUCUGGAAGCUCUUGGGCUUGAAGUCCUCACCCGCAGAGUUGUUCAAUGAGGAGAAGCCGCAGCCUGAGGCUUCGCAGGAUUUGUUCAUACCCUUGAAGCCCAAGAAGAGAGUUCUGUCGAAGACAAGGGCUUUGGCCUUUCAGGCAGAGCUUCUAGGGGCAUUCUCGGCUCCUGCUUUCCAGAAGAAGUUGGCUGAGAUGUCCAGAAAGCAUUGCACACACUUGUAUCAUGCUGACGGCAGAGCCGAGCUGGAUGCAAUCGUGGAGAAGACCAAGCUCGAGAUCUUACCGCUCUACGGCUACGAGGCAUCCUCGACCGGCUUGCGGGACAUGGAGCAGGACAUGCAGCAGUUUGACAAUGAUGCGGACAUCUUCGUCAACGCCAUCGCUAUCGAAGAAGUGCUCUUCCCUCAUUGCCAGAGUGGGCGUGUUCCGACCGCCGAGCAAGGGCCGGUAAACCGACCUGGGCCAAAGCCGAGCUCCGCUUUCACAGUCGCGAAGCUGUUGCGAAAGCAGCUGGCGGCCUUUAGCAGCCCAAGCUUCCAGACGGGGAUCUCCUGCCUGAAGCGCAGCGCGGAGGUGGCGCAGGCCUGCGAAGGAUACUACCACCUCAGGGGCCGAGCCGACCUCGCCUUGCCGGUACAGCGCCGAAUUCUGCCUCAGUUUGGCUUUGAGGGUUCGCGAGCCGGCGUGCUGGACAUGGUAAGCCACUGCUCCCAGUUCAUCAUGGAUCCAGAAGUUGCUCGGCUCUUCGACGACAUCAACUUGAAGCUUGGGAUGACGCCUAGAGCCUGUGCUCGAUUCCGUGACACGGCAUCUUUCAGCAUCGCCGGCGGCAAGUGA